ACAAAAGUUAGCUCUGCAGCUAACCAACACAGGAGAUAUCUCGUUGCAUUUCCUUUUGUAUUGACGACUGGCAAAAGACGUCAUAUGUUGCCAUGUUGCAUUAGAUUAGUUGUCAUCUCUUGAUAAAAAUUACCAACGUCAGCAUUAAUUUACAUACAUCUUAACCUGGCUGGAUCGACUGGUGACUCUUUUUGAGACCGACCACUUAGUACAAAUUCAGGCGACAUCUUGGACAGACUGACAUUUAUAUCCAUCAUAAACUUGAAAUAAAGGCCUGGCCUCAGAAAAAUGGUGGGAAUGAGAGUGAUAAAGAGUGCUGCCGCCCUACUGAGCGUCUUGGUUCCCACGGCCUCCAUGACGGACCUGUUUGUGUACGGGACCCUGAAGAGGGGCCAGCCCAAUUACUUCCGGAUGACGGACGCGGGUAACGGGCGGGCGGAGUACCUCGGAACGGCGCGCACCGUGGAGCGCCUCCCGCUGGUCAUCGCGGGGAAGUACAACAUCCCCUUCCUCCUCAACGUGCCCGGGACAGGCCAGCGCGUCCGGGGGGAGGUGUACCGCGUGGACGCCCCCAUGCUGGCCUUCCUGGACAAGUUCGAGAGCUGUCCCGCCAUGUACCAGCGCACCCCCGUCCGGCUGGAGGUGGAGGAGUGGGCGGGGGAGGGCGGCCCGUCGCCGGGCAGCUUGGUGGAGGCCUUCGUCUACAGCACCACCACCUACCAGCCCGAGUGGCUCGCGCUGCCCACCCACGAGAGCUACGACCACGCCGGAGACCACGGACUGAGCUACGUCAGCCGCGAAUAUCGAGACUGAAGCGCUGCACAUGGGGUCCGCACACAGGGGGACCGCACACACGGGGGUCCGCACACAGGGUCCGC